AUGAGGCACGUGGAAGCGAGCGCCAAAGAGGAAACUCACAUUCACGCGCAGUCGCUUAACUCGAGUCUUGACCUUAGCGCUCUCUUCACCAUCUACAUACUUUUCACUCGUUCAUCGUUCAAGCGUCAGCAUCCAAGCGUCAAGUCUCUUCGUCGUCGUUCAGCAAAAAUGCCUACCAACUUCAACGUUGAUAGAGCGAUGGCGGUGAUCCGCAACGAGCAUAGAAAGCUCCUCACUCUCACCUUCACCAACCACUUCAUCUAUUCGGGCCAGUUCCUCCCCAAGCGUGAUGCCGCCCACCCACCUCGUAUGUCGUUCCCUCGCCUCAAGAGCAAUGGAACCUACAUGAUCGUGUGCCUCGACCUCGACGCCCCAUACCCCUCGUGCCGCAUCCUCGGCCCCAAGUGCCUCUGGAUCCAGUCCGGUCUGGAGCCAAUCGUGAGCGAAAGUGGUCACUUCUUCCUCAGAGUGGCAGCCCCUUUCAUCGCCAACUACGUUGGACCUAAUCCCCUUCCUGGAAGUUCGCCGCACCGCAUUCUUUUCAUUCUCUAUGAACAGCCUGCUGGAUUCGAAGUCACUCGAUCCUCUCCCACUGGUGGCAAGAAGAUGGGAGUCUGGUCUCGCAUGCGUUUCGAUCUUGACGGCUGGGCUAGAGAGAUUGGUCUUGGCCCUGUGGUCGGAGCUAAUUAUUUCGUCAGCAAGUGA